GGCUGGUACAAGCGAUUCAUGCAGCGGUUCCCUCUGCUUUCGACGCGCACAGCUCAGGCCAUUUCAAAGGCACGGAACAGCGUCACGUCAGAUGACGUAACGUUGUUCCACACGACGUUAGCAGACGCCUAUGAGAAAUACGGAUUCGAAGCGUGCAUAGUCUUCAACAUGGACGAGACAAGCUUCGCGUCGAAGAAGAACACCAAGACCGUGGUUGCAGCUCGCGGGUCCCGCAACGUCUGGACGGCCGAGGUAUCAACCAGCUUUCAUCUUACAAUCGUAGCCUGUGGUGGAGCGGAUGGCACCGCAAUUCCACCAGCUUUUAUUCUACCAGGCCAAACUGUCAUCCUCAACGUCCUGGGCUUUUGCACCGUGCCCAGAGCAGCCGUCUCGACGACAGAAUCCGGCUUCAUGAACGCGGAUGUG